UUUGUCAAUGAGAGAGUUCGUGGGUAUUUAAAGAACGGGCAGGUCGCCGUGUAAUGUCCCUUUGUCACUUCACAUCGUUAGAAACUCACGUCCAUCACUUGUGAUCAGACCAAUCAGCCGCCAUAGAUCCCUCUCAAAGCAAUCCGCUCGUUGCAAGAUGCAGCUCAAGGCUUCUCUCGUUUUGUCUGUCCUCGUGGGCCUUGCGGCUGCCCACGACGGCCACUCGGACUCCUCUAGCGUCUACUCUGUUACGGGAUCCACGUCAGUACAGACGGCCCCCCAAACGACGGCCCUCGUCCCGACCAGCUCUGCCAAGUCCAACACGACCCUGUCCCAGACGGGCUACGCCAGCAGCAGCAUCUUGACAUAUUCCAACAGCACCACCGUCACCACGGUGUCACCAUCCAAGUCAUCCGGCCUGACGUCUUCCACGCUCAACACUGUGGUACCGCCGUCGACAACCCCCGCGGCUUCGACACCCACCCCGACGAACGCUGCUGCCCGCUCACAGUUUGGUCUUGCCGUACUGGGCCUGGCUGUCGCUGCCGGACUGGGACUUUGAGAAACGUCCAUGUGGGAAAGGAGCUGGCGGAGCAAUCGCCGGCAAGUGGCGGCAGAUAUCGAGCAAUCAAGGGAUUAGGGGAACGUAUUGGACCAGAUUGAGGUGGAAUCUUAAUCCGAGCAAGCGGGUGAGCGCCAUGCGUGUCUGGCUUAUGAACGGCAUAGGGCAGUGGUAAAAACCUCAAC